CACAGAGCCGGGGCCGGGUGCUCAGUCAGCUGCUCCCGGUCACCGACACCGCUACCUGCCGCUGCUCCGCACACACACACACACACACGCACACACACACUCAUGAGUGCGCUCCGUGUCUGCGCGUACCACCGGCUGCUGCAACCUGCAGACUUCACCUGAACCAGCAGAGCAAGCAAUGCGCGCACACUGCAUCAUGUGUUACGGCAGGUUGUUGGUACUGGUGCGCUCCUCCAGGAGGUAACGGGGGUGGAGGUGUCAGCGUGCAUGCCAUCAUCAUGGAUUGCCUUUUUCUUCUGAUGUGGACGUUACCCAGCCCGCUGGUCGGCUGCACCUCAGUCAAGCUCCUCUCCACCCUCCUGUCCUGGAAUAUCAUCAAGACGCUGCACAUUUACUGCUCACACACCUCCCACACCGUUACGGCCAGCUAUUCUUCCAGCGACAGCCACGGAUUAAAUCAUGACUACGUGUUUGUAACCCCUGUGGAGGUGGACUCUGAAGGGGGAUACCUGACGCAUGAUGUGACCAGGCAGGGGCAUCGCAGCAAGAGGUCCCUCUCCUCUUCUCUGCAUUACCGGCUCUCUGCCUUUGGGCACAAUAUGCAACUGGACCUGUAUCCGUCCUCUGUGGUCGGCCCGGGCUUCACCGUGCAGACGCUCGGCCCAAACGGCAUCGCCACGGUGAUGGGGGAUGAAGGCUUUCACAACUGCCUGUAUCAGGGAUUUAUUCGGAACCUGUCAGCCUCCUCGGCAGCCAUAUCAACGUGCACUGGACUGUCAGGUUUGAUCCGUGUGUCUCAGGAGGAGUAUUUGAUCGCCCCGUUACCACAACAUCUGGCCACCCAGCACAACUACAGCGCCCCCAGUGGUCACCACCCACAUGUCGUCUACAAACGCUCAGCGGAAUACGAGGUCCACAGAAGUUCAUCCACACCUGACAAUCUGUACCUUCACCAUCAUGAACAUCACGAGCAGCAGUACCAUCACCAUGACUACCAGCAUGGGAAGCUGCAGAGGCAACACUUCUGCGGACGCCGCAAGCAAUACGCUCCCAAGCCUCCCGCUGAGGACAGUUUCAUCAUGCCUGACGAGUUUGCGACACCCGAGGUGGAACAGCCAGGAAGGGCAAAACGAUCGCCUAUAAACUCCAACAGGGUGGGUGGCCUGAAUGUGGAGACCCUGGUGGUGGCAGACAGGAAGAUGCUGGAGAAGCACGGCCGGGACAACGUCACCACCUACGUCCUCACCGUCAUGAACAUGGUUUCUAGCCUUUUCAAAGAUGGCACCAUUGGGAGCGACAUCAACAUUGUGGUAGUCAGCUUGUUACUGCUGGAACAAGAACCACUGGGCCUGACCAUAAAUCACCAUGCUGACCAGUCUCUCAACAGCUUCUGUCAGUGGCAGUCAGGUCUGGUGGGGAAAGGCGGUAAGCGGCAUGAUCAUGCUGUUCUCCUCACCGGACUGGACAUCUGUUCCUGGAAGAACGAGCCCUGUGACACCCUGGGGUUUGCCCCCAUCAGCGGCAUGUGCAGUAAGUACAGGAGUUGCACCAUCAAUGAGGACACAGGACUGGGCUUGGCUUUCACCAUCGCUCACGAGUCUGGACACAAUUUUGGGAUGAUCCACGAUGGCGAGGGCAACCCAUGUCGCAAGACAGAGGGCAACAUCAUGUCUCCCACUUUGGCUGGAAACAACGGGGUCUUCUCCUGGUCCACCUGCAGUCGACAGUACCUCAGCCGCUUCCUUGGAACAGCCCAGGCAUCCUGUCUGGUGGACGAGCCCAAGCAGAUUGGUCAGUACAAGUACCCCGAGCAGCUUCCUGGGCAGCUGUACGACGCAGACACGCAGUGCAAGUGGCAGUUUGGCUCCAAGGCCAAAUUGUGCAGCCUUGAUUUCGUCAAGGACAUCUGUAAGUCGCUGUGGUGCCACCGCACAGGACACCGGUGUGAGACCAAGUUCAUGCCUGCUGCAGAAGGAACCAGCUGUGGUCCGGACAUGUGGUGUCGGCGGGGGCAGUGUGUUAAGUACGGGGAGCAUGGUCCCCGGGCGAUCCAUGGCCAGUGGUCGGCCUGGUCCCAGUGGUCCGACUGCUCCAGAACCUGUGGAGGAGGGGUCAUGUACAGGGAGCGCUCCUGCACCAGCCCAAGACCACAGAACAAUGGUAAAUUUUGCUUGGGCUCCAGUCGACUCAACCAGCUGUGUAACACUCGGCCAUGCCCCCUCAACGCCGUGGACUUCAGGGCCCAACAGUGUGCCGAGUACAACAGCAAGCCCUUCAGGGGCUGGUUCUACAAAUGGAAGCCCUACACCAAAGUGGACGAUGAAGACAUCUGUAUGCUGUACUGCAUCGCAGAGGACUUUGACUUCUUCUUUGCCAUGUCCAGCAAGGUCAAAGAUGGAACCACCUGCUCUGAUUACAAGGGAGAUGUCUGCAUUGAUGGAGUCUGUGAGGCAGUGGGCUGUGACCAGACUCUGGGCUCCAAGGCCUCUCUGGACGCCUGCGGGGUCUGUAAGGGAGACAACUCCACUUGCAAGUUCUCCAAGGGACAAUACACCCUACAACACAGGGCUAACGAGUAUUACUCUAUGGUAACAGUUCCAGCUGGGGCACGAAGCAUUCGCGUUCAGGAAAUGGAGGUCUCCACCAGCUACUUGGCCGUGCGCUCCCUCAAAAGGAAGUACUACCUGACCGGGGACUGGACCGUGGACUGGCCAGGAAAGUUCCACUUUGGCGGAACUGUGUUCGACUACCAGCGCUCUUUUAACAAGCCGGAGAGCCUGUAUGCUGCUGGACCUACUAAUGAGACGCUGGUGUUUGAAAUCCUCCUGCAGGGGAAGAACCCAGGUGUGGUGUGGGAGUACACUCUGCCUCGCACAGAGAGGAAACCUGACUACAGCUGGGGUGUGGUGCGCUCUGACUGCUCUGCUCCGUGCGCUGGAGGUCGUAUCUCCACUAAGGCGAUCUGUCUGCAGGACCAGAAAGUUCAGGUCAACUCCACCAUGUGUAAUCCGAUCUCCAGACCAACACUGGGCUCCCACCUCUGCAACACACAGCCCUGCCCUUCAUACUGGGCGACAGGCGACUGGGGCUCGUGCAGUCGCUCGUGCGGAGGAGGCCAGCAGACGAGGACCCUGCGCUGCCUGAGGAAGGUCACCUACCAGAGGGAGGAGGUGGUGGCUCACUCCCUCUGCCCCGUCAUUUCUCCGGCCCAAGUCCAGCCCUGCCACACCCAGGCCUGUCCGCCGGAGUGGAGCACGGGAUCUUGGUCACAGUGCUCCAAGACCUGUGGCCGUGGACUGAGGAAGCGCAGCGUGUUUUGCAGCAGCACCGACCCCGGGGCCAAAGCAGUGGUGGUGCCCGACAGCAUGUGCAGACAGCACCACAGACCCAAAUCCCAAGAGACCUGCGUCCUGCGGCGCUGCCCCAAAAACGAAAGGCUGCAGUGGAUACCCACUCCCUGGGGAGAGUGCUCCAGGUCUUGUGGCUCAGGCAUCCAGAAGAGAGAGCUUCGCUGCGGGGAGAGAGACUCACAGGGAGGGUAUGCAGAGUUCCCCAUACGCAGGUGCAGGAAUAUGGCCAAACCCUUGGUGGAUCUCCAGCAGGGCUGCAACCGAGGUCCAUGCCCAGAGCUCCCACGGGUCGUCCCUGGCAGAACAACCUCCAACGCUGUGGUGUUAGGCUGGUACCCUUCUCCCUGGCAGCAGUGCUCCGUGUCCUGCGGCGGAGGGGUUCAGACUCGGUCCAUCCAGUGUCUCCGGCAAGGUCAUCCCGCAGCUGGCUGCCUGCCCCACCAGAGGCCUGUCACUUCUAGGGCGUGCAACACACACUUCUGCCCAGCCGCCCCCCCGGCUCCGGCACAGCGCCCCGGCUGGAUGCCGGCUGCCGGACCGACACUGAAAGACGAACACUGUGUGGAUCAUUUCAGCUGGUGCCACCUGGUUCCGCAGCACGGCGUCUGUAACCACAGGUUCUACGGACAGCAGUGCUGCAGGUCCUGCUCCAGCAAGAGGCCGUAGAGCUCCGCUGCAUCUGUGGCCGACAAGCCUCUGAAGGAAACUAUACUCCAGAGGCUGUUCGGGGUGCGAAGACACAGAACUGUGGGUUUUCUUCCUGGAGUACUUGACUAAUGGAUUUUGGGGGAAAAAUGGCAAAUAAAACAGAGAAUCAGUGGACUUUUCUUUAAAGAAGGCAAUGUGGCUGCUGAUGCUCAUCUGCCAAAGCAGUGUCAUUGAGUGAUCACAUUGAGACUGGAAAGACAAAUCACAGAGGAUCUGAAGACUUGUUGAUGUUGUUGUUAUUUUGCAGAGUGUUUUGGAAACCUCUGGAUUUACAAGCCAUCUAGAGAAGAGGAAAGGACAAUAGCAUUCUCAGCUUGCUUGUAUACUUUAUGUUGUAUGUUUUAAAGGUGGUCUCACACGCCUUUAUUUAAAUUAUUAUGGUUCCUAAUAUAUGAUUUACAAUUUGUCUGAUGUACAGUGGAUCUGUGACAUGUUAUUUCUAUGUUUGGAUUUACUAUAGGAUUGUGUCAGUUACCCUUGAAUCCACGUCAUGAGAUUUUAUGUGAGGCGUCAGUAAUCGACGGUCAGAAUUUGUCCUCCUCCUUCACGUUCGCUCUCCGCUCGUCUGUUCGCUGCUGCUGAAUCAAAGACAGAUUCUUCCCUGUGCAUUCCAUUCAUGUAAACACCAUGAAAACAUACCUGUGUGUACGUAAAACAUUAUACUCAGUCUCGCUGUAACUGGUCGUUUUUAUUUCUCCUGUAUCGUUAUGUUAAUACAACUUGAUGAUCUA